AUGCGGCACGACACUGACCAUGAGGACAUCUUCCGACAGGAAAGCACCUUUCAUUAUCUCUUCGGAGUCAGGGAACCAGGCUACCUAGGCUGUAUAGAUGUCGAGUCUGGCAAGGCCACCAUUUUCGCACCAAGAUUACCUCAGGAGUACGAAUUGUGGAUGGGAAAGAUUUUGGAUGCUGAUGAUAUUCAAGAACAUUACGGUGUUGAGGAGGUGGUCUAUGUUGACGAAAUCGCUUCCUGGUUUGAAGGCCGUGCGCCUUCGGCAGUCUAUGUGCAACGGGGAAAAAAUUCAGAUAGCGGUACCGAGGUGCAACCUGCCAGCUUCGAGGGUUUGGAUCAGUACCAGGUCAAUGAGGAGGCCUUACACACUGUAGUUUACGAGACCCGCGCAAGAAAGAACGAUGAGGAGAUCAGGCUGCUACGCUAUGUGAAUCGGAUCUCCUCAGAUGCACACAUUGCAAUGAUGCGAGGUGCUCGCCCUGGGCUGAUGGAGUAUCAGUUGGAGAGCACCUUCGCAUACGGCUGCCACUACAAUGGAGGUGCGCGGCUCUUGUCCUACACGCCCAUUGCAGGGUCAGGGCCCAAUUCGGCCGUUCUGCACUAUGGUCAUGCGGGCGCUCCAAAUGACCGGAAACUCGAGGAUGGUGACAUCGUUCUGUGUGAUAUGGGCUGUGAACUGUAUUGCUAUGCCUCUGACAUUACCAACUCAUUUCCAGCAAAUGGACAAUUUUCUGCGGAUCAGAAACUGAUCUUUGAGACCGUGGCUGCCAUGCAGACAGCAGUGCUGAGUGCCAUGAAGCCAAAAGUUGCUUGGGCUGAUAUGCAUGAGCUUGCCUACAGAGUAAUGUGUGAACGCCUAGAGGCCGCUGGUUUGUUGGUGGGCGACGUGGACGAGAUGAUGAAGGUCAACGUGGGUGGAGUCUUGAUGCCCCAUGGCCUUGGUCACUUCAUGGGCAUCGAUACCCAUGAUGUGGGAGGCUAUCCCAAAGAAUCCCAACGUGAUGGCCGUGAUGGCUUCAAAGCUUUGCGGCUGCAACGGCUCCUGGAGCCUGGUUUUGUCCUGACCGUUGAGCCUGGAGUCUAUUUCAUGGAUUAUGCCCUCAAGAAGGCCAAAGAGGAUCCAGAGCUCCGGAGAUUUUUCAACUGGCAGCGGCUCCAGGACUUCGAGGGCUUCGGAGGCAUCCGCUUGGAGGACAACGUCCUGGUUACCGAGGAUGGCAUUGAGAACUUUACGGUGGCGCCAAGGACGGUGGACGAGGUGGAAGCUGUGAUGCGAGGGGAGAUCGCAGAUUCGGUGGCGUUAAUCGCUUGGAGGGAUGAACGGCAAGAGCAGGGACAGCUUGAAGAGGAGUAUGCCUGA